CUGGCUUUUGGCGACUAGAUAUUGCAUCAUUAGGCCGCUACAUGUGAGACUGGCAAAUCCUCGUUGCUGGAAAUUAAAGCAACGUGAUUUUCUGAAGAGGUCGCAGAUAAACUAAGAAAAUGCCUAAAAAAGCGAAGGAGGAAACGGAGUGGGUGGACACUGAUGUGGCUCCAGGGGCAGAAAAAACAGUGAAAAAGGGGAAAAAAGACAAAAAGGGGAAAAAGAGUUUUUUUGAGGAACUUUCAACGGAUAGCAAAACGGAGAAGGUUGAUGAGCCAGCUGGGAAAGACAACCAAACAAAACAGACUCUGCAGAAAGGAAAAGGAGCUGUACGGCAACAGAAGAUGGACGACGAUGAGGAGGACGACGACGAUGAUGGAGACAAUAUGAUGAGUGCUGAGGACGUGAUCGCACAGCAGGCCCAGGAGGAAGCAGACGACCCGUUUGCUAACCUGAGCAAAAAGGAGAAGAAAAAGAUGAAAAAAAAGAUGGAAUAUCAGCGGCAGGUGGAAAGCGUCCGAGCUCAGAACGCCCUGGAAGGAGAUUUCUCCGUAUCUCAGGCGGAGAUGUCCUCCAGACAGGCAAUGCUAGAGAACGCCUCGGAUAUUAAGCUGGAGAAGUUCAGCAUAUCUGCUCAUGGCAAGGAGCUGUUCGUUAACGCCGACCUUCUGAUUGUGGCAGGAAGAAGAUAUGGUUUAGUCGGACCAAAUGGCAAAGGAAAAACCACGUUACUGAAGCACAUAGCAAACAGAGCUCUCAGUAUUCCUCCCAACAUUGACGUGUUGCUGUGUGAACAGGAGGUGGUAGCCGAUGACACGCCGGCCGUGCAAGCUGUGCUGAAGGCCGACACCCGGCGGCUCAAGCUCCUGGAGGAGGAAAAGCAGCUCCAGGCCCGUCUGGAGAAAGGAGAAGACAGCGUGGCUCAGAGGCUGGAGAAGGUCUAUGAAGAGCUCCGAGUGAUCGGAGCUGCAGCAGCUGAAGCCAAGGCCAGAAGGAUCCUGGCUGGUUUGUCGUUUACCCCUGAGAUGCAGAACAGACCCACUAAAAAGUUCUCAGGAGGGUGGAGGAUGAGAGUUUCUCUAGCUAGAGCCCUUUUCAUGGAGCCCACGCUUCUGAUGCUGGAUGAACCCACCAACCACCUGGACCUGAACGCUGUUAUCUGGCUCAACAACUACCUGCAAGGCUGGAAGAAGACUCUCCUCAUCGUUUCCCACGACCAGAGUUUCCUGGAUGAUGUUUGUACUGAUAUCAUCCACCUAGACAACCAGAAACUCUACUAUUACAGAGGAAACUACUUGACCUUCAAGAAGAUGUACGUGCAAAAGCAGAAGGAGCUGCAGAAGCAGUACGACAAACAGGAGAAGAAGCUGCAGAUGCUGAAGGCUAGCGGAAAGUCCACCAAGCAGGCCGAGAAACAGACCAAGGAGGCUCUGACCAGAAAGCAGCAGAAAGGCAAAAAGAAGGGAGCUCAAGAGGAGGAGAGCCAGGAUGCAACUGAGCUGCUGAAGAGGCCUAAAGAGUACACCGUGAAGUUCACCUUCCCCAACCCUCCUCCGCUCUCACCCCCCAUCCUGGGGCUGCACAGUAAGAGCCGCUUCCUUCUCCCCUGCUGCAGUGUGAACAUCAAGGGUGAGAUGAGGAAGAAUCAUCGCUUGAAAGUGGGCUUCUUUAAUCAGCAGUACGCUGAUCAGCUCAACAUGGAGGAGACGGCGUCAGAGUAUCUCAUGAGGAAAUUCAACCUUCCCUACCAGGACAGCAGGAAGUGUCUGGGACGUUUCGGCCUUGAGAGUCACGCACACACCAUCCAGAUCUCCAAACUUUCCGGUGGCCAGAAAGCCAGAGUGGUGUUCUCUGAGUUGGCCUGUCAUCAACCAGAUGUCCUUAUCUUGGAUGAGCCCACGAACAAUUUGGACAUCGAGUCAAUAGAUGCCUUAUCGGAGGCCAUUAAUGAAUACAAAGGAGCGGUGAUCAUCGUGAGCCACGACGCGCGGCUCAUCACGGAGACCCAGUGCCAGCUGUGGGUGGUGGAGGACCAGACGGUGAACCAGAUCGAGGGAGACUUUGAAGACUACAAGAGGGAGGUGUUGGAGGCUCUGGGAGAAACUAUGGUCAACAAGGUCAACCCGUGAUCGGACCCCAUCAUCACAACAGCUGGAGAAUCAGUCAUUCCUCCUCUUUAAACCCAACGCUGAUGCUUAAUAAACACUU